GGCAUGUCUCUGGUCUAAAACGGCGUCGCAGGUUGUAGACGUCGACACCACUUUAGAAGCUCCCUUCACUCUCUGUGCCUCGAUUUCCCUCUCGCAGUCCCCUUUGAUGGCGUUUCUACCCCACCGAUAUCUAUGGUUUCUCGUGAAGUUCAACAGAGCCAGGUACCAUUCGCCCUACCUCUCUUUACCAAGUUCGUUAUUUUCAUUUCCUUAUUCAACCGGCCUAGAUUUUCCAUCAAAUUCCUUGAAUGACCGGCCACCACCGGAUCACAUCACCUGCAAAACGAAUCUCGAAGAACGCUUCGUUCUUGAGCAACUCUCUGACCUCUUACCAAUCUCCCCUGGUAAUGCUUCCGCCCCGAACCUAUUUAAAGAUUGCAAUCCAAGAAAACAAAUAGCACAAGUUAGGGCAGUUGACGGGUUUUUGUUACCCGAAGAGAAAUUACGAGGGAUCUUCCUUCAGAAGCUGAGAGGCAAAGCUGCAAUUGAGGAGGCUUUGACAAAUGUUGGUGUGGAAUUGAGUCUUGAUGUUGUUGCUAAAGUAGUGAACAGAGGAAACUUAGGUGGCGAAGCAAUGGUUAUCUUUUUUAAUUGGGCAACAAAGCAGCCGGAGAUACCUAAGGACAUUAAUAGUUAUCGCGUGAUAAUAAAAGCGCUAGGGAGAAGAAAAUUCUUUAGAUUUGUGACGACAAUGCUGCGUGACAUGAGGAUCGAAGGCGUUAGCAUUGAUUUGGAGACGCUAUCGAUUGUGUUGGACAGUUUCGUUAGGGUCCAUCAAGUGUCAAAAGCAAUACAGAUUUUUGGGAACUCAGAGGAGUUUGGAUUGAAAUGUGAUACCGAGUCUUUGAAUGUGCUUUUACGAUCUCUCUGUCAGCGGUCCCAUGUUGGUGCUGCAAAUUCAUUUUUGAAUUCGAUUAGAGGGAAGACACCUUUUGAUAGUAUGACAUACAAUAUCAUUGUUGGUGGGUGGUCGAAAUUUGGUCGAGUUAGCGAAAUGGAGUGUGUUUUGGAGGCAAUGUCGGCAGAUGGGUUUAGUCCUGAUAGCUUUACUUUCAGUCAUCUUAUUGAGGGUUUAGGAAGGGCUGGUCGGAUUGAUGAUGCUGUUCAGAUUUUUAAGAACAUGGAGAAGAAAGGUUGCUUGCCAGACACUGGAGUUUACAAUGCAAUAAUAUCUAACUUCAUAUCUGUUGGAGAUUAUGAUGAAUGUGUGAAAUAUUAUAAGAGUAUGUUGAGUAAUGGCUGUGAGCCUGAUAUUUCUACUUUUACAAAAUUAAUUGCUGCUUUUCUUAAGGCUCGCAAGGUUGCUGACGCACUUGAAAUGUUUGAUGAGAUGUUAGGUCGUGGGAUUCUUCCCAGUACGGGGACUAUAACCUCUUGGAUUGAACCUUUAUGCCGCUAUGGUCCGCCCCAUGCUGCUAUGGUCAUUUACAAUAAAGCAAGAAAAUUUGGACGUAGAAUAUCUCUGAGUGGUUAUAAGCUAUUGCUUAUGCGGCUUUCUAGGUUUGGUAAAUGUGGAAUGUUGUUAAACGUAUGGGACGAUAUGCAUGAAUGCGGUCAUUCUUCGGAUAUGGAAGUUUAUGAGUAUGUCAUCAAUGGCCUUUGCAACACAGGGCAACUUGAAAAUGCUGUACUGGUUAUGGAGGAGUGUUUGCGGAAAGGUUUUUGCCCAGGCAGGCUUAUAUAUAGCAAACUAAAUAACAAGCUAUUGGCUUCGGAUAAAGUUGAGAGGGCUUACAAGCUGUAUUUGAAAAUCAAACGUGCCCGUCGUGAUGAAAAUGCUAGGAUAUAUUGGCGUGCUAAUGGCUGGCACUUUUAAACUGGCAUGUUUGUCGGCAGCAAGUGCAAUUUGUUUGUCCCUUGCUUUGUAUUUCCCACAGCGGGUUCAUUUCUUGCAUGCAGUAUGAAAUAAUCCCUCUAGUAAAGUCUGUUGUAAUUAUACCUGAAGCUGGAGUGCAACUUGAAGCUCACCAAUGGAGGGGGAGAGUUUUUCGUAGCUUUAUUCCUGGUGACAAGAUACUGAAGCCUCUCCUCGUUGAGAAAUAUGACACCAUUCACUUGUUAAUGGAGACUGGAAA